ACAAAAACUUUCACUGCAUCAUAUCACUGUUUAAAAGUUUCAACCAUCUUACAAAGCCCGAAAAAUACGAAUACCAACACUUCGAAUUCACAAAUAACCUCGGUGACUACUCCCGAUUCAUCAACAAAUUUAACUACUACACUUAAUUCACAAAAUAUUACAUCAUCAACCAAGAUAAUAUUGAAUUUUGAGGAGGAUCGAACCGUAAAAAAAGAUGAAAAUUCUAGAAAGCCAGCAUCGAUAAAUACUAUAAUAAAAAAUUCAUUUGUUAAAGAAAAUGAAAUCCCAUGGACUGGAGAAGAAGAUUUAAAAGAUACAGUUUUACGUAUGAUCGUUGACAAAUAUCCUCCAUUGAAAGUCAAACGGGAAUCUGUUAAAGAUUAUAUUGAUGCACAUAGUCACAAAUCUCAACAUAAUAACUUGACUAAUUUACCCAAUUCUUUAAGUAAUCAUUCAAUAAUAAACGUUUCUACACUAAAAUCAAAAGGCAAUGUGGAUUCAUCUGAUAAUAAGUUACAAAAAAAGAAGGAAAAACUCGAGAAAGUGCGAGAAAGAAAUCAAUCUCGCAUAAUAAAUGCGCGAGAAGCUGCAACUGACUAUGCAAUCGGUAAAAAAUAUGGUGAUAAUAAUGAACAAAAAAAAGAUAUAUUACCAAAAAGUAUUGCGGCUUGGAAUUCAAUUGUUGAACAACGUAUUCAAGAAGCGAUUUCAGCGGGUAAAUUUAAGAAUUUGCAGUAUCACGGAAAACCAUUACCCAUGGAUGAGAACGAAACUGUAGCUAUAAUUCAAUUGUUUAUAUUGAACCCAUAUCUGGAUCGAACUGAAUUCUUGAUGAACAGACUUGUUCAGAGGCAAGGUGCUGCACCAGCAUGGAUAGAAAGUCAAAAAGAUGUUGAGCGAGAAAUAUCAUUGUUCCGACGAAGAAUGUUAGAAAAUUGGAUACGUUAUGCCAAUUCUCACAAAAUCUCUCUGCAACUUCGAAACACAGGAUGGGAAAAAAUGCAAUAUUCUUUUUAUGAGAAAGCUAUUGGGAAAUUGAACAGUAAAUUGCGAUCAUAUAAUGUUAUUGCACCAUAUGCAGUUCGAAAGUGUUAUCUAAAUUUGGAUGAUGAAUAUAAGAGAAUGUAUAAUAAUGUUAAAAGAGAAGAUACUAAAGGUAUAAAUAUGAUUAAUGAUGGAAUGAGAUUUGAUGAAUG